GCACACACACUCGCCACAACACGGUUGUGAUAUAUGUCUCGCUUUAAUUACAGCGAAUUUCAUCCUUACUUAUUUAUGGGUAAAUCUCUGCUAGAUAUCUUCAGCUAAUGUAUCCUUGAUCUCAAAGAUAUCAAUCUCCUCUCUCUGGGAGAUUAACCCUGGAUGGCUUGGAUGAGCGUUGAAUUUGAUCUCCAAGAGAGGUUAUCUGAUGAAGCUGAGCGGACCACCAUUGCAGGCCCAUCCAACCCGGAAACACCAUCAGUGUCAGAGGGCAGCGGCCCUCCAUAGUACCCCCACUGACCUGUGCUGGGCCUCUGUGCUGACUGGGAUCCUGUGUGUUGUUACAAUGGCGGGGUCACAGGGUGAUGGAGUUAAGGAACUGAACUCACUGCAAUGAGGGUUUAAAGAGGAAAAAAAGAGGGGAAAUAGCUGAUGGAGUGUUUCACCAUCGUGCUCUCAUGAUGCGUCAUCUCGUUGGGAAGGCAAGUGCCUGGCUCAUGGCAAACUGCCCAAUCAGCGUCCUGCAAGAUAAAUGACUGUAUUAAGAGGCAGUCCAUCCCAGGUGUCUGCCCCGGCCAAGCAUUGUGCCUGCCUCCACCGCCUCUGAAAAAUCCCCUCGCUCAGGCUCAUCUAUCAGCCAUUGACCUUGUCAGGAUGCGUUGCAUGAGUUACUUCCCUGCUUCCCGAGAGUUAACCACAGAGUGAUCUGAAGAAGAAUGGCCAUAUUUGGGGACCGCCAUCCGUCACGUAGGCUGAAGGGCUUGUUUUCUCUCGGACCCGUCACCUCUGAUGAAUCCUCGCUAAAGACUCCGCUGGGGAAGACCAAUGCUGACCGAGCCGUGUGGAGCCAUGUCGAUGCCGGGCUCCGAUGUCCGAGAGCUGACUCUCCUGACUUCAGGACCAUCCGUGCCCUCCUUAGGUGGAUCUGCAGGGGGCUGCGGCCAGUGGACCCAACUCUUGGACCUCCAUCCCAGCUCUCCUUACAAUUCCAUGUCUUCCCACCACUCCCUCAUCAAGCAGGAACCCAACUGGUGUGCUGCGGACCCUAUUGAGGACCCCCACUGUGGACUCGGGGCCUUCACGGUGCACUUCUCGGGCCAGUUUACAGGCUCGAGCCCAUGUCGAGUCGGGGCCUUUGGAGAGCCAGCAACAGGCCAGGCUAGGGUUUUCCCCAGCGGGACCUACCUCCCCAGCUGUAUGGACAGCCCUCCUGCACCCAGGAACCAAGGUUAUGGUGCAAUGGGCUUAGACGGGAACCCCAGUUACGCUCAGACGGCACCUCACCACACCCCUCAGCUGUCCAGCCUGUCCUUCAAACAUGAAGAUGCACUGUCGCCGCCACACAACAUCGUUGAGCAGCAAUACCCUCCUCCUUCCACUGUGUUUGGGUGCCACAAUUCUGCGGAAUCAUGUCCGAGCAACCAAGCCCUGCUUCUGAGAAACUACAACAGUGACAACCUGUACCAAAUGGCGUCUCAGCUGGAGUGUGUCACGUGGAACCAGAUGAACUCGCUUGCAUCUUCCAUGAAGAGCGGCCAUGCACCCAGCUAUGAAAGCGAACACACAGCCGCGCCUCCGCCCAUGCUGCUCAGCGCCCAGUACCACAUUCACACACACGGCGUCUACAGGGGGCUUCAGGAUGUCAGACGAGUUCCUAGUCUGGCUCCUCCUGUUGUGAAGUCAUCAGAAGCCGAAGCCCAGAAGCGUCCUUUUGUGUGCGCCCAUCCUGGCUGCAACAAGAAGUACUUCAAACAGUCACAUCUUCAGCUGCACGGACGCAAACACUCGGGAGAGAAACCGUACCAGUGCGAUUUUACAGACUGCGGUCGGGGAUUCUCUCGCUCGGACCAGCUGAAGCGGCACCAGCGCAGACAUACAGGAGUGAAGCCUUUCGAGUGCGAGACGUGUCAGCGAAAGUUUGCACGGUCAGACCACCUUAAGACUCACAUUCGGACUCAUACAGGUAAAACAAGUGAGAAGCCGUUCACCUGCCGCUGGCCCAACUGUCAGAAGAAGUUUGCCCGCUCCGACGAGUUGGUGCGCCACCACAGCAUGCACCAAAGGAACCUGACCAAGCUGCAGCCGGCCAUCUGAGAAGAGGACAAAGAGGACGGUGCCAGCCAAAGAGAAGGCUGGGAGCCAGGUCAGAGGUCAUGGUGCCUUGCCAAAUGUGCAUAGGCGGAGAGCACAGCUGAUGCACACAAGAUGCACUCUUUUUGGGUCAUUUCCACUCCCAGCCCAGGAAUGAUUUUUUAUAGCACUCUUUUGUUUUCUUCCACAAAACGUGCUAAACUGGAUUAAGGAAAUGAACAGACUGUAAAUACACGCGAUGCACACCUAAUAACUUUGUACAUACUGUAUGUGGCUUUCUUUUAUACACAUUACUUUUGUAUGUUCUAUGUUUUG